AUGGGCACAUCCAAGAAACAGCAGCAGAGGAGCGUACGACAGACAGCACCAACCCGGUCGCGCAUGACAAGAUCCAAGGGCAAAGCCGUAGGAAUUAGCGACCCCGCCCAGAACACACAGCAGCUGACGGCCCAACUCCGCUCGAUGGGGCUCUACCCCGCUCACACGGUCGGCGACGGCAACUGUCUCUUCCGCGCCCUCUCAGACCAGCUCUACGGCACACCCUCAUACCACCUCCAGCUGCGCAAGGAAAUAUGCGACUGGAUCGAGGGGCAUGCACAGCGGUAUGAGCCGUUUUGCGAGGACGAGCGGGGACUGGCUGCACAUUUGCGGUGUAUGAGGGAACAAGGGACCUAUGGUGGCCACCUCGAGUUGUCGUCAUUCUCGCAUCUGAAACGGCGAGAUGUCAAGGUCAUCCAGCCCGGUCUCGUUUACGUCAUCGAGUGGGCGGCUGGCGGGGACAUUGUCGCCGCCGCGGAGGACUCCAGCGAUUCAAAACCCAAGUCGAAGAGGAAGCAUCAGCAGGAAGGCGGGGACGAGGACAUGAUGGCCGAGACGGGGCCCGUAUACGUCGCAUACCACGACUGGGAACACUUUUCGUCGAUUCGGAAUCUGCGCGGCCCACAUACGGGCCUGCCGCAGGUGGUCGAGAUGGCUCUCGAGGCCGAAUCAUCAAUAUCAGUAGCAUCGUCCCCACGGAUGAAGCCGCCAUCUGUUGCCAAGGCACGACGCGAGGCGAAGGCGGAGUCGCGAGUCCUCAAGCGGACGCAGAAUGGGCGUUUUGCAAAGAAGAGCGUCAAGGAGAAAAAGGCAGCCAAGGUCGUCGAGGUUGAGCAGGAGGAGAGCACCAUGGCAACGCCCGCACAAAUCCCGCUCCCUGAUUCUCGCUCGCCCUCACCACUCUCAUCACUAUCGUCGUCCUCGUCACCCCAUUCCUCCCGCGUCGACAUGCUGGAGCCCGCCGCUGUCUCCCUUGUGCGGGAGGCGACGCUCCUUGCAGACACACUCCGCUCACAUCGCUCCCCCAAGCGCUCGUUCGACGAGUCGUCGUCGGGAGCGUCCACCACCGAAAGCGUGGCCAAGCGGACACGGAGCUCGCGGAAAGCGGCUGUUCGUCCCCCAGAUGAGGAAGUCGCCUGCGACGGUGAUCAAGACCACGACCAGGACAACGACGACCCGCCAACACCUGGCCUGUCGACGCCCGACUCCUCGGCGGCGUCGACUCGCUCAUCGUCCGUUGCAUCGUCAAUACCCACCCCACCUGCCCGAGCCUCACCUCCCACAGAGCCGGAGCCCGAUCAUCAGCGCACGCUCACGAAGCGCGAGCGGAAAGCCCUCGGGCUGCCUCGGCCGCGAGCGGCGCUCGUCGCGAAGCGGACAGGCGCCGGGAAGAUCGUUAUUCCUGGUGGACGGUAUAAGCGGAGCGCUGGCACCGCUUCGAAGCCGGUGUCGGUGGACAUGUCGAAGGGCGAUGAAGAUGAAGGGGACGAAGAAGAGGACGGGGAGUGGUUGAGGAAUGGGACGGGGAGGGUGGAUGUGAGGGGGUUUAGGGAGCUGAGGAUUUGA